AUGCCUCCCAAGACCUACGAGGAAAGCGCGCCAGCGGGCAACAGCAAGAUCCUUCCGCCCACUUCUGAGCGUGAUGGUGCCGUCUCCGAACUCGAGGUUGCCGUCUCCGGUCUCAAGGUCAGCGAGUCGAAGGGCAAGUCCAAGGCAGUGGCUGAUCGCGAGGAGGAGCCCGAGGCAGUGGCCGAUGGCGGAGAGGAGGCACCCGACGCCCCCUCCGGCCAGGCCAAGGGCAAGGGAAAGGGCAAGAAGAAGAAGCGCAAGAUUCUCGUUGUCCCGUUCUACAUCAACACGGGCCCCGAGGUCCUUCAGACGGACAUCCACGCUCAGGAUGGCCCGUUCUUGAAGGAAGAUGGAACCCCGUUCGGCAAAGACAAUGACAGCAGCGAUUCCGAGCGCGAGCUGGCGGCCAAGAUCCCCGCCGGUCAGAUCACCACCCAACGACACUCCAAGGGCGAUGGCAGCCGCUGGAAGCCGGGCAGAGCAGGAACCUCGCAGGACAUGGACGAGACUGUUGAGCCCAAGUAG